AUGCGAUCCCUGGGAGUCGCGCUGCUGCUGGCGGCAGCCGCGCUCUGCGCAGCCGCGGGCGUCCCGCCCUCCAUCAACGCGCCUGGCAACCUGACAAGGGAUCAGCUGCCCAUGUUUGUGCUCUUCACUCAUGACGAUGGCGUGGAUUCGGAGGCACGCAAGGCGAUGCUGGGCAUCGCCAAGGGCCGCGAGACGCCCAACGGCUGCCCCGUCACAGCCACGAUGUUCACGCUGCUGGACCCCGACGGCUGGACCAGCUGCGAGGAGGUGGUGGCGAUGUAUGAGGCUGGUUUCGAGGUGGCCGAUCACACGACGCUGCACGAGAGCCUGCCGGGCAAGGACCGCGAGUACCUGCAGGACGAGAUCGCGGGGGCACGGAGCAAGAUCGCCGAGUGCGGCGUGCCCGAGGAGGACAUUGUGGGCUUCCGCUCGCCCUACCUCAACACCGGCCCGCUGGUGCGGGAGGUGCUGUCCGACAACGGCUUCCUCUGCGAUUCCAGCGUGAUUGAGGACUGGAACGCGGAUCUGGUGCAAGAUGGCACAGAGCAGAACUGCACCGGUACCGAGAAGUGGCCGGGCCUGUACGAGGUGCCAGUCUGGCGCUACGAAAACACCACCGGCUUCCUGUGCGACCUGCCCUACGCCAUGGACCCCGGCUUCAACUACGACUGCAACUGCAUGAAUGACACCCACAGCACCUACGACAUCAUCAAGUCGCAGUUCGAUGCAGCCUACAACGGCAACCGCGCCCCCUUCCCCGUGUUCAUCCACAUCUACUGGCUCCAGGCGCAGGACAACACCAAGGAGCUGGAGCGGUUCAUCGACUACACUCUCACCCUGCCAGACGUGCACUACGUCACCAUCCGCCAGCUGCUGGCCUGGAUGCAGAACCCGGUGCCCAAGGACCAGCUGACGCCGGAGAUGCUGGGGUGCGGCAACCCGGGCGGCGCGCCCAGCAAUCUGGCUGAGGAGCGGCGGCGGCUGCGGCGGGCGUGA